AUGACAGAAAGCAUCAUUAUAAACACAAACGUCCUUUUGUUUGAUCUUGAUGGUACCUUGGUCGAUUCCACUGCCGCUGUUGAAAAAACCUGGGAAAACCAAGUAAAUCAACACAAUCAAGAGUUUCCAGACAAAUUUAUUGAUUUACCUACAUUGUUAAAUGUCUCCCAUGGAUCACGUACAAUUGAAACUUUUACUGCUUAUUUCCCCGAAUUGAAAGCCGAUAGAGAUUCUGUAUAUGCAUGGGAAAUGGGUAUUGUUCAAAAUUACGGUCACUUGGGUAAGGCCAUUAACGGAUCAGUGCAAACUUUGGAAACAUUAAAUGAAAAGAAUAUUCCAUGGGCUAUUGUUACAUCAGCAAACCCUGAUUUGGCCGCUUUUUGGUUGGAUAAAUUGUUUCAUGGUGUCAAGAAACCUGAUGUGUUCAUUACUGCUAGUGAUGUAAGUAAAGGUAAACCAGACCCUGAAGGAUAUUGCACAGCAUUUGAAAGAUUGAAAAAAGUUUAUAAUUUGGAUGGGUCUUCUAAAGGUGUUGUAUUUGAAGAUGCACCUGCUGGUAUUAAGGCUGGUGUUAAUGGUGGAUUUACUGUUGUGGGUAUAGCUAGCACGUUUCCAAAAGAAGUCUUGUUGCAGGCUGGAGCCACUUAUGUUGUUGAAGAUUUCACCAAAGUUAAAAUCAAUCAAUCAGGAGAAACAGUUCAACUAGUUUUAGAAAUUCUUUAG